AUGGAAGAGGAUCAUUCAAGCAAACAGGCAUCAAAGCAAACUGUGUUUGAUGACCAGAACAUCUGUUUGCCGAACAGUAGUACUCGGUCCUAUGACUGUAUAUUUUGCAAGAGAGGCUUCUCCAAUGCUCAGGCACUUGGAGGGCACAUGAACAUACAUAGAAAGGAUAGAUCCAAGCUCAAACAAAAAUCAAACACAACAAGAUCACCUUCUCUUGAUAUCACCAACGAGGUUAUUCCAUCAUAUUUUCCAACCAUGAAGAGGACUGUUGUUGAUAGAGAACUACUGUUCAAGUGGCCAUGGAUCAUAGUCAAAGCAGAGAAUAUCAAGAAGCUUUGUUCAUCAAUACACCAUGGAGAAGAGCUCAUCAACUUAAGACAGCUGAGAGGUUGGGAAGUGAUCAACAGGCUGUUGUGGAACUAG